CUUUCACCCCGCAAAGAAGAGAGAACAAAGCCACGAAGAAGCAAGAGAAAGCAAAGCAAAGCGAACCGAGCCAAAGCGCCACGAGCAUCGAUCAAUGGCCGGAGGAAAAGAGGAUUGGGGUUGGGGGAUAAGAAUGUUUGGCGGGCAGGGAUCACAGAUUCCCUCCUCUUCCAAGUCACGUAAAAAGGCGCAUUUCGCGCGAUCUAAGUGCGCAUUAGACGCGCACUUGUGGUGGUGAUAUGCUUUGGUUACCCCCCUUUCCAUAACACCAUAUUUGAUCUCGCCUGCCUGCCUUGCCAUUGUCACUGUCAUUGUCAUCAUGCAGCUGUGCUCUCCUCCUCUUCUUCUUCUCCCUUCGCUUUUCUCUACUGCUCCCACCAGCUUCAUAUAGUGGCCGGUAGCUCAACGACGUCGUUGCUGGGUUCGUUCCGUUCACUGUGUAGAGAGAAACAACAUUGCCUCCUUGGGUUCUGGUGGCGAGGAGGAGAAACUUCAGAAGCAGAGGAGGGCCUCUCUCUAUAUGGGAAGACGGCCGGAUAGGUCGCUAGGGGCAUCGGCGUGUUGCAAGCGAGUGGUGGCCGUCAUCUUCCUCGUGUGUGUUGCCCUUCUUGUGGUGAUGGUGGCGACGACGAGUGGUGCUGGCGUCGGCUUCGGUCCAGCUCAACCCAGUGGCAGAGUGAGUACGAAGAGCUCCCCGGUGCAGGAGCCCGGUGGCGGACAAGCCGGCGAGGACGCGUACCGAAGCAGCAAGAGGAGGAUUCCCAAGGGGCCAGACCCUAUCCACAACAGGCGUGCCGGGAAGACCACGAUUGCGCCACGCCGGAGAGACUAGUACCGGCGAGAUGACGACCACCCACCCGGUCUUCUUAUCGGCAAAUGUUGCGACGGGGAAGCUUGAGGCGGAGAGAUCAGCUCUCCUACAAUGUGGAUUUUGGUAGUGGGGGUAAUGUACAAAAGUUGCGAUCUUCCCGCAAAAAAAUCUGUCAUUUUUUUGACCGAGAUUGAUCGACCGAUCUACCUUUCGCAUAUCCUUUCGAGAUUUCUUUUGAAUCCGUGGUGAUUUUGCCCAAAAAUUUGUUUCU